CCUCAGCCAGCCCUCCCAGUCCAUCAACAGAACCAACCACCUUCAAACAGCAGCCUCCAGCAUCACUUCAGGACCUUAGCAGGAAUACUGGCCUUUUUUUUUUCUACACAAAUGAGCUCAGGACUACAGAUUCUCCCCUGCCUGAUCCUAAUCCUCCUUGUCUGGAACCAAGUGCCAGGGCUCCAGGGUCAAGAAUUCCGAUUUGGACCUUGCCGUGUGGAAGGGGUGGUUCUCUCAGAACUGUGGGAGGCCUUCUGGACUGUGAAGAACACUAUGCAAACUCAGGAUGACAUCACAAGUGUCCGUCUGUUGAAGCCACAGGUCCUGCAGAAUGUCUCGGAUGCUGAGAGCUGUUACCUUGUCCACAGUCUGCUGAACUUCUACUUGAACACCGUUUUCAAAAACUACCACAGCAGAAUAGCCAAAUUCAAGAACUUGAAGUCAUUCUCCACCUUGGCCAACAACUUUAUUGUUAUCGUGUCAAAACUGCAGCCCAGUAGGGACAGUGACAUGGCUUCUAUUAGUCAGAGUGCACAUCAGCGGUUUUUGGUGUUCCGAAGAGCAUUCAAACAGAUGGACACAGAAACAGCCUUGGUGAAAGCCUUUGGGGAAGUGGACAUCCUCCUGUCCUGGAUACAAAAAUUCUACCAGCUCUGA